UUUAUUCGUUUAAAGGAUCUUGAAAAUCUUGUUAGCCAAAAUUUUCUCUAGAAAAAAAUUUAAUAAAAUAAAAUUUCUUGGUCACAAUAAAAAAUAUCUUCGUUGCCAAGGAAUUCAAUUAAUUUCAUCAUCCACUUGCGUUCCGUUUUGAACACCUUUCUUUGAAAGCACAGCACUCCCCAGUCCCCAUCCAUAUUCCAGGGAAGUUGUGAUUUUCCCAGAAUUUUUUUUAGUUUCUUAUAUUUUUCCUCCUGCAUUUAACACCCUAGGUCCUCAAGUUUUGCUUCAAAACCCACAAAGGGUAAUUGCAGUUCUCCCCGGGGAUUUCAAUGGGACUGCAGCAAUCGAAAGAUGAGUUGCUCCAUCAGCAAGUCAGCAAUGGAAACAUCGAAGGGAUUAAAGCACUCUGCAGAGACGGUGCAGGCCUGGAGUGGAUUGAUAGAGAGGGGAAUACCCCUUUGAUCGUGGCCUGUACAAAUCAUGGGCCCUAUAACGUUGCAAAAACCUUGAUUGAACUCGGUGCAAACGUCAACGCCUAUCGCCCCGGUCGUCAUGCUGGGACUCCUCUACAUCAUGCAGCUAAAAGAGGCCUAGAAGAUGUUGUUAAAUUACUUCUUUCGCAUGGAGCAAAUGCUUUAAUCAUGAAUGAUGACUGUCAAAGUCCUCUUGACGUUGCUAGGGCGAAGGGGCACACCAAUGUUGUCCGCGCAAUUGAGAGGCAUAUUUGCUUAUUCUCUGGUUGGUUGCGGGAGUUUUAUGGUCCUGGAUUUCUUGAAGUACUUGCUCCUCAGUUGGUUUCAAGAAAAGUUUGGGUUGUUGUUUUGCCAUGUAGUUCUCGCAAACCCACCAAGCCUUUCAAGUUGGAGCUUGCCAUGUAUCCUACCAUGCAGGAUGCCAAGCCACGGACAGUUAUUGCAUUGUGGAAAGUCAAUCUGGAAGAACCAAAGUUACACCUGUCUGAUCCUUCAGUUGUGAUUCACGAUAACGCCGCGAUCCCAAGAGGCAGGAGGCGGAGAAGAAGCAUGUACAUCGCCCGAGAGGCUAGUAGUAGGCAUCAAAAACUGCAAACACGUGUCAAACUUGCAGCUGCAGAUGAAAAUGACAAGCAUCAACUUCAGUUGUUUUGCAAUGCAUGCAAAGGAAUUCCACAGGCGUGUCCUGCAUUUUUGGGUAACAACCAACCCCCAGUUGCUCCAGCAACGGCACCACCAGCGGCAGAAGAUUUAGAGUUGGCCAUGGCUAUUAGUGCUUCCAUUCAGUCUGCUAUGCAGGAGAGACCAUCCUUUCCUGAUCCUCACCCAACCUAUGAAGGAAGUGCAUCCAGUAGUUAUAAUGGUUGGGCCGGAGCCUCUCCGAGUAAUGACAGUUACAAUGGUUGGGGUGUACCAACUGCCGCUGCUGCUCCAAAAGUAAGUAGCAGCAAGUGGUCAGGGACUGAGAGUAGCGAAGUUGGAGAGUCAUCUCAGCAGGUGGAAAUCCAGGAUACCUCUUCUGUCCAAACAGCUCCUACCUCAGAUAUAAUUCCAUCAGCCCCACCAGUUGCAGAUGAUAGUCUAGAUGCAGCUCCUAUUCACUAUCCAUCAAUUGAUUUCAGUCCUAUCGAUAUCCCAUCCCCAAGCCUUGAAAGCACACCUGCUAAAGUUGAAGAGAAGAAGGGUGAAAGCGGUUCAUGUGUGAUUUGUUUGGAUGCUCCAGUUGAAGGAGCUUGCAUCCCUUGUGGACAUAUGGCUGGAUGCAUGUCCUGUUUGAAGGAGAUUAAAGGCAAGAAAUGGGGAUGCCCCGUCUGUCGAGCCAAGAUAGACCAGGUUAUAAGGCUGUAUGCUGUAUGAUCAGUGAUCCAUAAAAUAAUAUAUAUAUAUAUAUAGAGAGAGAGAGAGAGAGAGAGAGAUAGACCAGGUUAUAAGGCUGUAUGCUGUAUGAUCAGUGAUCCAUAAAAUAAUAUAUAUAUAUAUAUAUAUAUAUAUAUAGAGAGAGAGAGAGAGAGAGAGAGAGAGAGAGAGAUAGACCAGGUUAUAAGGCUGUAUGCUGUAUGAUCAGUGAUCCAUAAAAUAAUAUAUAUAUAUAUAUAUAUAUAUAUAUAUAUAUAUAUAUAUAUAUAGAGAGAGAGAGAGAGAGAGAGAGAGAGAGAGAGAGAAUUGUUAUUGGCAUUCCAAAAAUCUUAUUUUACACUCUAAACUUUCUAUAUUUAGAAAGAAAAAUACACUUGUGAAGGGUGUAGAAUGAGAUUUUUGGAGUGCCACACACUUCCUUAUAUAUAUAAGUUUGGCAUUGGUACUGCAAACAUCUUGAAAGAUAUGUUUUUGUAUCAUAUUAUGUACUAGAUGAAGUUGUGUGUGACUUAAUGUUUCUGUACAUGUUACCACAUAUUAUUUACGUUUCACUAUGUUUCUUAAAUAUCAGCGAGACGGCAACCUCUGUUAAUUUUGAUUUUCCAUAAUUUUUUGUAAGUUGUAUAUGUGAAUAAAACUAAUUUCCCAAUUAA